ACACUUUACGACAGUGCCACCAGUGAGUACGACGUCGUUACCGAGUAAAGUGCGUCUCUUUGGAGCAGAUACCGGCUGAGGGAGACGCAGCAUCAAGAGAAAGGACAAUACUUUGACGCUCGGUUUCCUACUCGGACUACCUGAGCACAGCACUUCCCCGCCGAUGCACUGCAAUCUCUCGGAUAACUUAAUGCGAACGCUGGGCUAAGGGAAGAGAGGGCCACGCCGGGGAAGGAAACUAGCUGAAUUACCGAACCGAGCUCGUCGGGAGUAGCCUAGUUGCCUCCCGAAGCGACGCUUUAAAAAAAACGAAGAAGAAAGGGGACGACGCGUUCGAGGCCCCUAAACAGCAGUGGGAAAAAAUGGACUAUGAUUUCAAAGUGAAGCUGACCGGCGAGCGAGAGCGUGUCGAGGACCUGUUUGAGUAUGAAGGAUGCAAAGUGGGCAGAGGCACCUACGGUCAUGUUUUCAAAGCGAAGAGAAAAGAUGGGAAGGAUGAUAAGGACUACGCCCUCAAGCAGAUUGAAGGCACCGGCAUUUCUAUGUCAGCCUGCAGAGAGAUUGCACUGCUGCGAGAACUGAAGCACCCCAACGUCAUCUCGCUGCAGAAGGUUUUCCUGUCGCACGCCGACCGCAAAGUGUGGCUGCUCUUCGACUACGCCGAACACGACCUAUGGCACAUCAUUAAGUUCCACAGAGCGUCCAAGGCCAACAAAAAGCCACUUCAGCUUCCCAGAGGGAUGGUCAAGUCUCUGCUUUACCAGAUCCUGGACGGCAUCCAUUACCUUCACGCAAACUGGGUCCUUCACAGAGACCUUAAACCUGCAAACAUUUUAGUGAUGGGGGAAGGGCCAGAAAGGGGAAGAGUAAAGAUAGCUGACAUGGGUUUUGCCCGUCUCUUCAAUUCACCACUGAAGCCUUUAGCCGAUCUCGACCCAGUGGUCGUUACAUUCUGGUACAGAGCACCCGAAUUGCUGCUGGGGGCCCGGCACUACACCAAAGCCAUCGACAUUUGGGCGAUAGGCUGCAUUUUCGCCGAGUUGCUGACGUCCGAGCCCAUAUUUCACUGUCGCCAAGAGGACAUCAAGACCAGUAAUCCGUACCAUCACGACCAGCUGGACCGCAUCUUUAAUGUCAUGGGUUUCCCGGCUGAUAAAGACUGGGAGGACAUCAAAAAGAUGCCAGAGCACUCCACACUGAUGAAAGACUUUAGGAGGAAUACAUACACAAACUGCAGCCUUAUAAAAUACAUGGAGAAACACAAAGUCAAGCCAGACAGCAAAGCAUUCCAUUUGCUGCAAAAGCUGCUAACCAUGGACCCAAUCAGGAGAAUCACUUCGGAGCAGGCCAUGCAGGAUCCCUACUUUUUAGAAGAGCCCCUUCCCACGUCAGAUGUGUUUGCAGGAUGUCAAAUUCCUUAUCCGAAGAGGGAAUUUCUUACUGAAGAGGAACCAGAUGACAAGGCAGAUAAAAAGAACCAGCAGCAGCAACAGGGAAACAACCACACAAACGGUGCAGGGCACACCGGCAACCCCGACAAUAGCCACGCCCAAGGCCCGCCUCUGAAAAAAGUGCGCGUGGUUCCGCCCACCACUACCUCAGGUGGCCUCAUCAUGACCUCAGACUACCAGCGCUCUAAUCCACACGCUGCCUACCAGAACCCUGGACCAAGCACAUCACUGCCCCAAAGCAGCAUGGGAUACUCCUCUACCUCCCAACAGCCUCCGCAGUACUCCCACCAGACCCACCGUUACUGACCAUACCCGCACGUUGCCACACACACACGCGCCCCCCCGUCACCCUCAUUACGCCUGCCUGAAAGAAUGUACUGAGGGACGUGGGGCGCCCUCUCUGCUGCAGUCCCCUCCACUUGUGAAGAUAUACAAGCAAACAGCAUAGCACUGCUAGCAAAAAUACAAGUGAUAAACACAAGGACGGAUGAGCUAACGAUUCCGCCCCCGCCCGCCCGUUCUUCACGUUUCCCACCGCCUACGUGCCCACCCCAGCCGGUAGCCCCGUCACUGUCAUAGCUGGGGACGAGACUGAAAAGCUGCUAUUUGACUGCCAGCGUCGACAGAUUCCACAUCCGUCUGUCCUCCCGUUUGUCCUGUCUUUUUCCUCAUGUGGCCACCCUACCCAGCAGAGGACUGAACUUCAGGUGCUGGGAGGACGGCACAGCCCACACAACUAAGGUGUUUUUUUUGUGCGUGUUUUUGUUCAUAAAGGACAAAGAAAAAGUGACGUCAUGACUUUAGUAGUUUUUAAUUUAAGCGGGUUUUAAUUGUGGCAAGGAAGCAAGACCAGCCCAAUUCGUGCAGUGGAUGUUAAGUCGACACACCCCUGUUAAAAUGCCGGGUUUUUGUUGUCAAACUCUAUACAACUCAGUUUAGGAGGAAAAAAAACGAGUUACUAAAUAAUGCGGUUGCAUUGUGCACACCUUCGUAAUCUCGGGAUGCUGUGUUAUCAACCUUGAUUUUUAUCAGCAAAUUUGUUUCACCUAAAAAUGUUGCCAGUUCUAUGUAACAUAAGGCUUCUAAAACAUAUUUUCGAAGAUACUUAAUAUUCACUUCUUAAGAAGUUCAUGCUCCUUAAUUUUUUUUUGUCUUGUGACCUUAGUGAGGACAUUCUGUUCUUUGUGAUGUCACUCUGUUGCGCUUUAAUUUUCCACUAAUGUAGUCAUGGUGUAUUUAAAUCAGGUGUACAGGUUAUACGUCAUUAAUAGUGGAAAAAAGUUACGAAAUUAUCACAAAAGCUUGGAAUUUAAACAUUGGUGAGUACUAAUGACUUUUCAUCCACCAUACGUUGGCCGUGGGCCUUUACAAAUCAAACCAAGCGCAUGGAGGAAGGCAGAUGGAAAUGCAUUGUACUGUAUUGUAUUGAGAUUUUAAAUGAAGCAAGUAUCCUGACAAUAAAAGUGGAAGCAGAAAUA